AUGGUUGAAUCUACUUUGAUAUAUAGAUAUGAUGGUAAGUAAGGAUGCAAGUAAGGUAAAGGAUGUAGUGGUAUUAACAUAUAUAUCUAGCACUUCCAUUAUGUGGCUCAAUUGAUGAUGAUGAUACAAAUACUCAAUUAUUAGAUCAAAAGAAGAAAUGUAAAUUAUUAAUAUCAAGAAUUACACCAAAUUCAGAACAACAAGCAACUAUAGAAAGUGGAAAUUAUAAUAUUCAUUAUUUAAUUAAGAAUCAAAUCAUAUAUUUAACAAUCACAACCAAAUCAUAUCCUCGUAAACUUGCAUUUUCAUAUUUAGUUGAAAUUAGUAAUGAAUUUGAUAAUUCAUUUGGAAGUGAUGCCUUAAGUUCUCAAGCUAGACCUUUUGGCUUUUCAUCAUUUGAUAAUUUUUUACAAAAGACAAAGAAAAUCUAUUCGGAUCAACGUGCUCAAUCGAAUUUAGAUAAAUUAAAUACUGAUUUACAAGAUGUUAAAAAAGUAAUGACUAAAAAUAUUGAAGAUUUAUUAUAUAGAGGAGAUUCAUUAGAUAAAAUGAGUAAUUUAAGUUAUAAUUUAAAACAAGAUUCUUUGAAAUAUAAAAGAAGAGCUCAAAGAAUUAAUUUUGAAGCUAUGAUUAGACAAUAUGCUCCAAUUAUAGGUUGUGGCUUGAUAUUUGUAGCUAUGAUAUACUACUUAUUUAAGAGGUAA